CACCGAGCGAAAAACGCCUCGUAGGAAAACUGUCCACCACAGGCUUCCGUAGGCGAGUCAUAUGAAUGGUUUGUUUUUGUCGCAGUUUAGUAUCGCUUCUUCUUUUUAAAACGUCAAUUAGGUCGCUUCAUCGAAUAACUAAUAAUGUCGACGCCACACGUGUGAUAAACGAGACACAAUAAUUGGAGAAGACGACCGCGUGAACGUCGAUGCUCGACAGCUAGCAGGAUUCGGGGAAAAAAGGGACGUCAUGCUUCGAUGGAUUUUUGGUGGUCGGGAAGCUCAAAGCUCCGUGGAGAAAAGCGGCGUGCUGUGCAUCGGAGAGGAACAGCCCAAAAACUGCUUCACUGAGCUGCAGGUGCUGAGAGGACAUUUUGACAUUGUUCGAUUUCUGGUGCAGAUUGAUGACUUCAGAUGUGCGUCCGCAGGCGAUGAUGGACUGGUGCUGGUCUGGAACGUUCAGACGGGCGAGAGGCUUCGGGAGCUGAGGGGUCAUUCCCAGCAGAUCACCGCCAUCACCGUCUUCCACUGCAGCGACGAACUGAUGACGCACACCCGCCUCAUCACCGCCUCCUCCGACCGCAGUGUCAGCCUGUGGGACCCCGACACAGGAAACCGAGUCCAGACUGUUUUGGAUCUCCAGUCCUCUGUUAAGUGUUUGCUGGUGUUGGAGCAUCUCGGCGUGUGGAUCUCCGGCGGGGAGGAGCUGUGUGUGUGGAACAAAGACUUCCGGCUGCAAUGUCACAAAGACCGGCACAGUGACACAGGUGGGCACCACUUUCAGGUCGUGCUGACACACACACAAAAAAAUAUUUUUUUUUGGUGUCCUUUUACAGGAAUCACCGCUCUGAUCGAGCUUCCCAAGAACUGUGUGGCCGCCGCCAUGGACAAGACCAUCGUCAUCUACAAGCUCACAGGUUGUGAUGAUUCCCUGUCAGUGGUGGAGGUCCGUUGCCUGGUGGACCACCAGGACCAGAUUCGUGCUCUGAUCAACGUGAGCGAUGGGCUCUUUGCCAGCGGCUCCCACGCGGGCGAGCUGAUGGUUUGGGACGCGGUGGACUGGAGCGUCCUGGCCUACGAGCACAUCCUGUGGGAGGAGCCUCAGAUGAGCGUGCAUGCCCAGAUCCAACUAGGCGGACCCAAGCCCAGUGAGAUGUCCGUUCAGCACCUCACCUCCAAUGGAAACCUCAUCCUGGCGGCGGUGGGAAGCGGCCUGUACGUGUUCAGUGUCCUGACCAAGACGGUGGUGGCGUACAAGAAGUGCGCCCACGACUCCAACGUGCUGCACACCAUGCUGCUCUCUGACAGCGAGCUCAUGUCGUGCUCUGAGGACGGCAGCGUCAGGAUGUGGGAGAUCCAAGAUCUGCCCCUCGUCGGAGAACCUGCAUCACCAGGCUUCUUUGGGAUGUGGAACUUUGGUCGAUCCAGCAAGCAAACGUGUCCUCCGUCCAAUAAGACCGUCGACCUUCCCAACAUCAGAACCUUAGAGCUUACAGGCGACCUGAUUGGUCACUCGGGCGCCGUCCAGAUGUUUGUGGCCUUCAAGGAGAACGGCCUGGUGACGUGUUCCGCCGACCAUCAGCUGAUCCUGUGGAAGAACGGCGAGAAGCAGUCACACCUCCGUAGCCUGGCACUUUUCCAGAAACUGGAGGGGAAGGGAGGACUGUGACUUUAGAAGCGCGUGUGUGUGUGCGUGGAUGUGGUCUCACCUCAGCAGGUUUGUGUGGACUUUAGCUGGGAUCCCGUUUGGGAUGCGUUUCACGGCUCUUUCCUCAAAGGAUUUCAGGAGCUUCAAGGUGCCAAACACCUGAGAGAUAUCUUCCAUGCUGAGUCAGCAUUUUAAUUGUCGCUUGUGGUGCAUUUCUCUGACAGCAUAAAAAAAACAACACUAUUUUGGACAAAAGUAAUGGGACACAUGGUCAUUACACCAACAGGAAGUUGGUUCUGUUAUUCAAAAUGAGCGUUUAAGGUUUCCAUCCAAAUCCAUCCUCUGGCUGAUUAAGACAGAAGGAGGUCCAUCCAGUAACCUUCCCAUCUCCUCUAGGUUACAUUAGGGACAGAAGGAGGUCCAUCCAGUAACCUUCCCAUCUCCUCUAGGUUACAUUAGGGACAGAAGGAGGUCCAUCUAGUAACCUUCCCAUCUCCUCUAGGUUACAUUAGGAACAAAAAGGUUACAAAACAGGCAAAGCAAAUGAAUAACGGUAUUAAAAAACAAGUCAUUUCCAGAUCAUCUGAUGGAGGUUGGUGAGUUAAGAUGAACAAAUCUCUGACAUGAUUCAUCAACUUUGCUUCUACAUUGUCAUAUUUAAGCAAUGUUGAUCCAUCAUCAGGACCUCCUUCAAAAACCUUGUGACAUUACCGUAAAUUAAGUUGGUUUUUUUUUUUAACUUCAGAGCACCGUGAGGAGCAUUUCAUCAAUAAAAACAAAAAGCUCAAAAUGAACCGUAAUAAUAAGCCCCCUCCAAAAUGACAAACUGUUGCCAGUCUUGAGUAAUAAAAUAAAAGGUCUUCAUUGCGUCACAGUGUUUCCUUCAAUUUGUGUUUCCCAGUCCAGGAUUUGCGUGUAUUCCAAGGAAAUCGAUUUCCAGAGUUGAGUUAUUAGCAUCCUCCUCCCAUGGACUUGCUCAAAGAAAGUCUAUCUCUGGGUGCAGUACUCUAUUCAGCCGCUAGAGGGAAGCCGCCACUUCACUAUUGGAUGGAAAGACUCUUUAAAACGAGCCAUCUUUAAAAGUGAAGAGCAACGAAGAAGAUAAGAUUAAAAACGUGUUCCAUCGUAAGUGAACACUUGGCAGGGCCGUAAUGUCGACGGUAGGGGUCUUUUACAGGCAUGUCGAUCAUGAAAUCCGUGUGUUCCGUCAACAUGUCAAGGUAGUGCGUGUGACAGGAAGUGGCAGGGACGGCAGCUUGCAAUCAAGAUGGAGGAGGCAGGCGGAGGCUUUUACACUUCAUUUCGUCCAAAGUCUUCCAGUACUUGUAGUUCUCCGACAGGUGUUCCAUGAGGCCAGGCAGGCUGGCGAAGGCUGCAAAAGACACAAGCCAUUGGUGGAUUAGUGGUUGUCAUGGAAACAUGAGAAAAAGACCAAGGCUCAAUAAUAUAUUUUUAAAAAGUAACAGUUUGAAUGAUUACUUUAAAAGGAAAAGUUAUUUUAUCUUCACACUCCUUAUGUGAGACAUGAACACGUCCUCUUUUCUGUGUGUUCUAAAGAUAUAAAAACAGCUAAAAAGAGACAAUUAAUGCAUGUAAUUACCCCCCAAAAGUGAACUGUUCCUUUUAAUUUGAAAAAAUGAAAGUUCCUUAUUGCUGAAGUCUGAUCCAAAAUGCAUUCAUGUGUGACUUUUUUUCCUGUUUAUAAAGGAUGGAGGCUUGGCACAGCAGCUCGCCUCCCUCGGCAGAAGGCGCACAUGGUAAAACCCCUGAACUCAACUCCUCUUCAUUCGGACCCCAAGGGAGGCUUCCUUCUCUCCGUCCCCCCGAGUGGAAUCUUUCUGUGACAUGAGAACCACGCUAGAUGGUAAACAAGACAUCGCUCGGGGAGAAUGGAACAGGAUCUUCAGUGGGAAGGAGAAGAUGCUUCCCAGACUGAUAUGUGAUCGUGAAAUACUUUGUAUCAGUGAUGGAGUCCUACCGUCCCAGGCGUCAAACAUGUCCGUGAUGAAGUAGUCUAUGAAGGACAGCUGGGACUUGGGAAUGCUGCAAGUGUUGCGGUCAAACACGGGCAUGACCACGGGCAACCCCUGCCUCUUCUCCUCAUCCGUCUGCCAACACAGAAAGAGAGAUCGCCAUGACGACGGGGCGAGACAGGCGGCGAGGACCAUGACACGCACCUGAGCGAAGUACUCCUCAGAGAUGCGUCCCGCCCACUCGAUGCAGAGCUCCAGCGGCCUGCAGGGAUUGGCCACGUCUGCACACUUGAUCAACAUGCGUUUUAUCAGCAGGCGGUUCUCCGGGGAGUUUCCUUGACCCUCGCAGUCACCCGUCAUGCCCUGCAGUACAGACGCAUAAACACACAAAGCCAGAAAUAUUUGCUUAUGGACUCAUACCAUAUUCUUCUCAUUCAAUGGCCUGGGUGUUUAUUACAUAAACUACAGAGAAGACUAGGCAAAAUGUGGAACUUUCCUAUGGAAAAUGAACGUUCAAGUAAAUGUUUUUUUUUUCCAA